CUUCUACUUCUUUUCUGGAACGAGUCAUUCGGUGUGAAUAAAACGACUCCUGUGUCAAACUCCCUCCUGCCGAUCUCCAAAGGAGGUCUAGCCCACCCCAAUAUCAACCCAUAUCCUUUCCUUUCCUUGGCGUCACACCAUAACCAUGUCCACACAACCCCUUCUGCAACGGACAGCUAAAAAGAGGAUCGCUCUACCGGUACGAGUAGAGCCCAAAGUUUUCUUUGCAAAUGAACGGACAUUCUUAUCAUGGCUCCACUUUGCGGUCGUCUUGGGUGGUCUGGCGGUGGGUUUGUUGAAUUUCGGUGAUAAGGUUGGCAAAAUAUCAGCUGCGAUGUAUACCAUCAUCGCUAUGGGAGUCAUGAUGUACGCUUUGACAAUAUAUCAAAUGCGUGCCAGAAGUAUACGGCUACGUACUGGGGCGCCAUACGAUGAUCGACUUGGACCUACCGUUCUUUGUGUUUGUCUGCUUGCUGCUAUAGUCACAAACUUCAUUCUCAAGGCAGUCUACGAGUAGUACACUUGCUACGCCCUGUUUCGUGUGCCUGCUCUUGCAAUAGAAGAGGAAGGAUCGUCUAUGCUUGCUCUGUGAGGAAUGUAUCUCUUGCUGA